AAAUAUUUUGGUAAUUUUGAUACUUAAAGUCUAUAUUUGUGACCAAAAUUUUUUUAGUGAUAUCCUAGAGUAUUUCUGAGUAAUGAUAAAAUAGUUUUAAUAACCUGAUGAGAUUGUGUUUUUAAAAUGUUGCAACAGUAUUCUAAUUUCUAAGAGCAUGAUUAAUCUGGAGUUUUUAGAAUGAGGUUAUUAUCGGAAGUUAAGAAAUUUUUUCUUAAUUUUUAACUAAAAAAAUUAAGAACCGGUUCUUAAAUAAGGAUUCUAAAAACUGGUUCUUAGUUUUUUAGUUAAAAGUUAAGAAACAAUUUCUUAACUUCCGAUAUAAACUCUACUCUAAGAACCCCGGGUUAAUCGUGGUAUGAGAUAAGCUGGUUUGGGGAACAAGUGAAAACUUCAAGGAAGUGGUCCACGCGUGCCAACAUGAACUUGUAUGCGCGGGUGGGUAGUUGCUACGCGCGUGCUUAAUUCUCUCACGUGUGAAAUUAAUUGUCCAAGAUUACGUCAAAUAACUUAAACCUGAAUAAUUAAGACAUGACGAGAAAACGCACUCUUUCUUUGACACUUGUACGGUGUGUACCUCUCUCUCUCUCGUUUAUGUUCUGGAGGAAGCUUGAGCUCUCACCUGUCAUCGUAAUCAAUGGAGGUCAAUACUAAAACAAUAAUACAAAAGUCGAAGUUUGGAAGAAUCUGUGUGUUCUGUGGAAGCAGCCAAGGCAAGAAGAGUAGUUACCAAGAUGCUGCUGUCGAUCUUGGCAACGAAUUGGUUUCAAGGAACAUUGAUCUUGUCUAUGGAGGUGGAAGCAUAGGGUUGAUGGGUUUUGUUUCACAAGCUGUUCAUGAUGGUGGUCGUCAUGUUAUUGGAGUUAUUCCCAAGAUACUCAUGCCUAGAGAGUUAACUGGUGAAACAGUAGGAGAAGUAAGAGCAGUUGCAGAUAUGCAUCAGAGAAAAGCAGAGAUGGCUAGACACUCUGAUGCUUUUAUUGCCUUACCAGGUGGAUAUGGAACACUUGAAGAAUUGUUGGAGGUCAUAACAUGGGCUCAACUUGGGAUACAUGACAAACCGGUUGGUUUGCUUAAUGUUGAUGGAUACUACAACUCUUUGCUCUCCUUCAUUGAUAAAGCUGUUGAAGAAGGAUUCAUCAGUCCAAACGCACGCCAGAUUAUAAUCUCUGCACCUACCGCUAAGGAGCUUGUAAAGAAACUUGAGAACGACCACCGAUCCUCUUUCACUACAGGCGUAGAGGCCAAGCAAAAGGGGAGUGAGGGGAAGGACAGCUGGCUAAGGAAUAAUAAGGAGAAAGGAAUAAGGGUCGUUAUCAUGUAGAUAUUGCAUCACAUGGCCUGUCGUGAGGUGUGCUUGUCGUGACUCGCAAACGCUAGUGGCAAACGCAAAUGUUGGUGGGCAUUCACGAGGUCCGUAGAGUCUAUAAAAGUAGAGAGUCGUUUGUUGUCUUUAUCAUCUUGGUGGAUCAAAGUUGUAGUAGGAGUAGAGAGUCCUUUAACGUCUCUGAGAACUUGUUUCAUUCAAUAAAAAUUGUCUUUUUCCUUGUUCUU